AUGAACACCCAAAAACCUUCUGCACGAGUGUAUUUUUUUACAUAUCACCGAACUGGAUCCAAUCUUCUCACCCAGCUCCUCGCACUGGAGGAUCAACCAAAUGUUCAGCGCAAGGAUAAGCCCGAUAUUAAUGGAAUGCGCUUCUUCGUUCCCCUGCUAUCUUUGAAGCUUAAGAGCGGGCACAUGGGAACACAUGUACAGGCCCUUCCACCGGACCAAAAAGAAGAACAAAUUGGAUGUAUCAAAGAUGGUUACAAGCGUCUGCUCCAACAUCUCGAAAACGCCGAACAGGAAGGGAAAAUGGUCUGCUUUAAAGAUCACGCGCACUACAUUACAGAGCCAGUUUCCGAGACACGCUUAUUUCACGGCGAUGGCAGUGUUACCGACGAAUUGCCCUGGACUUUACGCGGGCCCGACGAGCUGGAACAGACGGACAUCGGUCGCUCAGAACUCAACGAAACCUUGUUUACGGACGACUUUCUGAAGACAUGGAAACCUGUCUUCCUGAUCAAGCACCCUGGCGCAGCUGUUCCUUCAUUCUAUCGCGCGUUGGUCAAGGCUCACGGUUCUGAUUUUGUUGAAUCCGACCAAGGCCGCAAAUUCUGUCAAAAGGCCAUGGCUCUGCGAUGUGUGCGCAAACUGUACAACUUCUACGCGCAGCACUUUUCCAAAUCUCAACAAGACCAAGGAACAUGGCCUGUGGUUAUUGAGUUCGAUGACAUCAUCUUUCAGCCAGAAAUCCUGGUUAAGCUCUGCGAGAUCACUGGUCUAGACAGCUCUAGGGUUCGCCUGACUUGGGACACGAAAUGUACCGAUGAACCUCCAGAGUGGCAGGCGUUUCGAGGAACUCUCUAUGAAUCUACGAAGAUUGAUCCCUCAAGGGCCGUAGGCGAAGUUGAUCUGGACAAGGGUUCAGUGAAAUGGCGGGAAGAAUUCGGAGAAGAGGUCGGUCGCAGGAUAGAAGCAAGUGUGCGAGAGGCUAUGCCUGAUUACCUAUUUCUGAAAUCGAAGAGACUUCGGCUUUAG